UCACUGAGGGAGGAGACAGGGGGCAGGUACGAGUAUAUAAGUGCAGAUGCAUGUGGUAAUUUCACUUCACUGCUGACUCUUAACACAAGAUGUAUAUCCAGAUGUUCGUGUGUGUUGCCCUGUGUGCCUUAAUGGCAGUAGCGAUGCCCCAAGACUCCCAGGUAACUGGGCUUUUGCAACCAGAGGAAGGAGAACUCGGGGAACACCAGAAGAUCGUCGGGGCGACCAUUGACCUCCUACCAGACAUCGCUGACGUCUUACAACGUGUAGGAAAUCGUCAAUCCACCAACUCAGAGAAUGUCCAGAGAAUCAUUGUGGAUUUCUUGCCUAUCACAAGGAAGAUUCUGAAGGCCACUGCAGAUGUUGAGGGCCGAGAAGUUAACAAGGAGGAUGUUCAGAGGAUUUACGCCGCCGAAGCUGUCAUGCCUUCAGUAGUCGAAUUCAUGGAGAAAUUAAGAGAUAUGGACUUGUUCAGCUCUCAGAAACAACAAUAAACUUAUCAGCUGCAGUAUAAUAGACACUAAAAGCUAAUUUUGCCUACCAUUAUUUGUAAAUGUUAAAAACUCUUGGCCGGAAAUAAAGUAAAUUGUAAAUAAAACUAAACUUCAACGA